UCAGCGUCACCACCUUCUCUUACAAGAAAAGUUUUUCACACUUUCUUUGCUCCCAAACGCACAUCUCACAACAAAGCCCUAGACAUUUGCCUGUCACUUUUGGCGAGAGAAUCUUCAUAGAAAAACUUCAAAAGUCCGCUUUUGCAGCAGCGAUAGUUCGGUCCUCAGUCACUGUACCUUCAUACAGACGCUUACAGAUUAUUAUAGAAUGUGAUUGAAGUUGGUGCAGUUAAGGAACUUAGGCUUUGAGAAUAGGAGAUUAAGAUUUGAAGAAAACUCAUUUAGAUCAAACGUUGAAUUUUCCCGAGAAAAUGAGCACAGCAAGUGAAAAUCGGAGUUCGAUUGUACAGAGUGAAUCCGAUGGAACUGUCGAAGAACUUCACAAACAACCAAAAGUUUCAUAUACAAGAGAAUUUCUAAUUUCUUUAGCCGAGUUGGAUACAUGCAAACAGUUACCAUGUGGGUUGGACCUAUCGAUUUUACGUGAACAUGAUGCAUCCAAUCGUUCAUCACAGUCUUCGCGUGGCUCAGAUUCUGGAAAAUGUUAUGACAACCUAUCUCGACAUUCAUGGCAAAAUUCUGGACAUGAUGGACUUCUGGGAGCUGGUUUUUUUCCAAGAGUAUCUGGAUGUCUAGCUGGGGCUUCUUCUCUAGGAGUUCGAGAAAAAGGUUGUCUGCUCCACAGGAGUGAUGAACCAUAUCGGCCUCCACGCCCCUAUAAGGCAGUGCCUCCUUUACGAAGGCAGAUUAGUGACUCAUAUAAAGAUGAAACAUGUGGCUCUUCUGAGCACUUGAGUCAUGAGAUAACAGAGGAGGAAAGGAGGAGAAAAGCUUCAUUUGAGUUGAUGAGGAAGGAACAGAAAAACCAAAUUCAAGAAAAGCAAAACAAAAUCUCAGAUGAUCGUAAGGAAAAUUUAGACCCAGAUAUGGUAGCACUGCUACAGGAUUCUGUAAAGGAUAAGGGGCCUGUGGAUGUAUGCAAUGAAUCAGAGCAAUACGCAGCACCCGCUGCUUCAAACCACAAUUCUGACAAUAGAGCUUCCAUAGAAGGUUGUGCUACCAUUCCGACCAUAACCCCAGGUUUUACAAGCAGAUUCUUUGAGGAGAAUCUUGAUAGAAAAUCUUUAACUCAUUCCCCUGCAACAAAGUCUGAUUACACCAAAAGCCUUGCAUUAUGUUCUUCUGCAUUUGCUCCUCAGUCUGUUGAAGAAGAUGAAAAACAUGGUAGUGGCAUCUCUAGCAACAUGAGAGGUGGAUCUAAAGUGUAUGGGAUGCCUCAUGGAAAUGCCACUGAGACCAGCCGCCUCUUAUCCAAUGGAAAUGAACUUUCACCCAAGCUUACGACAUAUACCUCACAAUCUGCUAAAGUUGGGAUCUCUGAGCAAUUAUUUGGUUGUAACAAACCAACUGUGACUACAGGCGCUCUUACAUGUGGGGACCUUGAACUAUCCUUUUUAUUCAAGAUUAAUGAAAAUGACUCAAUCCAGCAUCACUAUGAGCAAGAUGGCAGCAUUAAUGAUACAGAAAAUGGACAGCCAAAUUCUCCGAAUCAGUGUGGUGCAUCACAGCAUCUUCUUUCUUUGUUGCAGAAGGGUACAGUCCUUACAGAUUUGGCAGCAUCUCCAGAUAAAAGUCUUCUUUUUGAAGUUGGCACUGGCAGCAAUGUGAUUAGCAUUUUUGGCCCGGAGAAUGCUGGAAAAUCUGACAAUCAGGAAGCACUACGUGGAACUAGUUUUACAAAGGAGUUGCAAUUAACUGAUGCAUCACUUUUUCUCCAAAAGGGUUCCCAAUGCAGGGUUACAAAGGAUAAUGCUUCGCUGCCUUGUGGGUUUGCAUCUCCAGUGAUGGACAACAGUUUCUUUCCAUCAAAAGUUGAUGAAUAUGGACCCAGUGUGGUCAAUCAAGAAGGCAUUAUGUCCUCAAGCUACAAUACGCUAACUGAUUCAAGUGAGAUGAAGGGAAACAAGCAGGUCUCUGAUGAUAUUCUGGCCAAAAUUGGAUCAAAAGUCCAACCUAAAGAGGGGUUGAAACUUAAUCCUGUCAGGGACUUCGAUGAAAAAUCUGAUUCAACCAUUGAAAUUUGUUUGCCUGAUGAAGACAGUUUGAUUACCUUUGAUGACUACUGCUUUUUACCUGAUGAGGACAGUCUGAUUACAGGUGAUGAUGACUUCUGGCUUCCAUCUGAUGAGAAUUCGUUGUUUAGCCCAAGUUCACAGGUUCAUAAUACUGAGAAGCCCUCUGGUCUAAAUGUCACCCUCAGUCAUGAAAACUCUUCUCAACUGCAUUCAGAACAUCCUACUACCGACCGUAUUUCUUAUGGCUUUGUGGGCUUGGAGCCCUCUAAUCACACUCGUGCACAGAAAUCUUACCCACAGUUUCAUCACACUCAGCCAUAUACGGGACAGGCAUUUUUGCAUUCUCUAGGUUCUCAAACUUAUCUGCAUCCUGCGAGGAAUUCCACGAAGGCAAAGACCUAUCCUUCCACUCAUUCUCCCCACAAGUUUUGCUCUACAAGUGUGCUACCCUCUCGUUUCCAGCAAACUCAUGGUGAGCCAACCAUGUUUGAUCAUCCUGUUAAUCAUAUGCUGUUACAACAGAUGUCCAUCCCACACAAACUUCCUCCUCGCCAACUAAAUGGACAUCCAAGAGGUGUAAUGCCUGAUUUUCCCGUUAAUCAAAUAGCUUGUUACGGACAGGAGCUGAACCCAAUGCAAGAUUUUUACCCAACCUAUGAGCAACCAAAUUUUGCUGGUCUUGGAAUGCCAAAUCAGUACUUUAUAGAUCCUCAUGUUGCUAGAGACGAUAAUCACAGGAAGUUCAAUGCUCUUUUUGGGAAGGAACUUGGAGCAUCUUUUCCCGGAAGUGGACGUGGUCGAAGCAGUCUUGGCAAUCAGGUUGACAUAAGAUUUUGGCAUGAGCAAUAGACCAGUAUGUGCUUUUGGAGCUGUCUUCCUGGUACUCAACUAAUUUCAGUAGUGGAUAUACAAUUUUAUCUUAGGGUUCAUCUGCGACAUAGGUAGUCUAGUGAAAAAAAGAAAGAAGAAAAAAAAUCACAUUUGUACCUAACAAUUUGGUCGAGA